CCUGUGUCUAGUGUCCUGUGUCUUGUGUCUAGUGUCUAGUGUCUAGAGUCUAGUGUCUAGUGUCCAGUGUUUAGUAUCCAGUUUUUAGAGUGUAGUGUCUAGUGGUGUUCAAAAUAUUUUGUUCUUCUUAGUUGCUCUUUAAUAAGAGGGGUUCCGGGUUACCAUUAAAAACAUAUUAUAAGAGUGCAAUCAUACACGUGCAAUUUUCUACAGUUUGAUGUGAAGUAAAUCCUUAGAUUCGAAUCCGUAAACAUAUUAAACAGUGCACGUAUACAUCCUUUGUUUAAUUAUAAUUAAGAUUGUAAAAUGGAUUCUAAUCUAGAGAUUUGGAAACUACAUUUACAAGCAGCAGAGGGAAUUCUCUCUGGUUUACCUAGACAGAUGUUUCAAGGAUUAGCAUAUAAUCGUACAGAACAAGGUACAGCUAGAUCUGGAGGGGGUUGUACAGACCCAUUUUCCAUCUUUUCCUUCCUGGCCUUCGCCCUGGCUGUCGGAAACUUUAUCAUGAAUAUGAACGGAAGAAAGAAGAGAAGUAUUUAUGAUUGUUCAAGUUUAAAUGAAGCAACUAUUCAUGAAAAUACAGUGCUUGCGAGCUAUUCAAUUCUCAGAUCUGCCUUGAAUAGUGUGGGUGUAGAUGAUUGGUGCAUGAAAAAAUUUAUGUGUGAAGGUGGGAGGGAGGCAAGAAAAUAUGGAAAGGUUGGAAGAAUAGUAGGUGAAGGAGGAGGAGAAACGUUGGGUUCUUGGAGAAAACAUUCUCUACUUCAAGGAUUAAAUGGUGAGAAUUGUGGUGUUCUGUAUUCUGAAUGUUCUAACUACCCCCCUCACUACAGGACACCUGAAGUAGAGGAUCCAGACUCCUUGGUCGAGGAUACCUCUGCAGUCUCACAUCCAGAUCUAGACUUUAACUCAUCAACCUCUUUAGUUUCUGUGAUGUUGGCAGAAUUAAGAAAAAGCAAGGAUUUCCUAUUUGCUGUAAACCAAGUUAUAAAAGAGAUAUAAAUAAAUAUAAAAUAA